ACUUUGCACUUUCAUUUAAGGAAAUGUUUUGCCUGUUGGAACCAUGCCAGAAGGUACAAUCGUAUGUAACUUAGAAGAAAAGACUGGCGAUCGUGGUCGUCUUGCAAGGGCAUCUGGAAACUAUGCAACAGUUAUUGCCCACAAUCAUGACACAAAAAAAACCAGGGUCAAGUUACCAUCUGGUGCCAAAAAAGUCAUUCCUUCCAACAAUAGGGCCAUGGUUGGUAUUGUUGCAGGGGGUGGUCGUAUCGACAAACCAAUUCUUAAAGCUGGACGUGCCUAUCACAAAUACAAGGUUAAGCGUAACUGCUGGCCCAAGGUACGUGGUGUUGCUAUGAAUCCCGUCGAACAUCCCCAUGGUGGUGGUAACCAUCAACACAUUGGUAAAGCAUCCACUGUUAAAAGAGGUACCUCUGCUGGUCGUAAGGUUGGUCUCAUUGCCGCCAGGAGAACCGGUCGUAUUCGGGGUGGUAAAGUGGAUGCCAAGAAGGAAGAUUAAAUUUAAAUUGUUAAUGCUUGAUAAUAUGUCAAUAUGUUUUUUCUGGAUCGUCUGUGAAGUAAAACUUGUGUUUCAUUAGAAAUAUAUUGACUUUGAUAAUUGAAA